AUGGUACUCUCACGCUCGAGCUACUACGACAACCGCAACCGCCAGUCAGCCGCCCUGAUCCGGGCCCGGCGGCCGUACUUGGUCAAGAACGCUGUGGUUGGGCUCAGUAUCUCCGCCUUUGCCAUUGGUAUCUGUACGGCCGCCCCCCGCCUUCCCGCCUUACAGCUUGUAGCUUCUCCCAGCUCCGGUUGA